CGUGUUCGUGUUCGUAUUCCUAAGCAAUUCUCAUAGCUACCAGCAUUCUCUACGGUGUAAAAGGUACAAGAGUGUCUCAAAAUGCCAAAUCUAAGAUAUAAACAUAUCAUGUGCAACUAGCUUUCGAAAACGCCGAACUUACUCUUUUGAGAUCAACGAGUUCAUCCAAAAGAAGCAUUAUAUACUACAGUACUACGAGAAUAUGGCUGCCAAUACUACCGUCCCACAUGCUAGCGUACGCGGCAAAUUCAAGGCGAGAUAUGACCUGCAGAAAAUGAGGUUUGAAGUGGAAAGGAUAAAAACAUUUAAAACAUGGAGCAAAUCAUGUCCGAUUCGACCUGCCCCUCUUGCGAAAGCUGGCUUUUUCUACGUUGGAAUAUUUGACUUAGUGGAGUGCUUUUCCUGCAGAGUCCAAGUUGAUAAGUGGGAAAAGGGACAAACCGCUAAGGGUCGACAUGAAGAGAAGAAUUCACUAUGUAAGAUGGUGAAAAAUGAGGAGAAGUUUAAUAUUACGAUUGAAAUGUGGAAUGAAAUGAAGAAGUCCCUUCAGUCAAAGAGUGAAACUGAUGGAGAAGUGGUAGUGGAUCCAUCCGAUACCAGUAACUUGAUCACUCCAGAUGAUUAUGUAGACGCUUUCUCUGGAACAUCUUUCUCUGGAAUGUUGUCAUUAGCUAAAUAUCCGGAGCAUACAGGGGAACUAGAUAGACUUGACACCUUCCGUGAUAAGUGGUCAGACGAAUUCAAAUUGCCCUCCUCAGCCUUAAGGUGGCUGGCCAACGCUGGAUUUUUCAAAGAUGGUCCUGGCGACAGGGCUAGAUGUUUCUAUUGCGGUGGUGGUGUUGAAUGCUGGGAGGAAGAUGAUGAACCUUGGUUUGAGCAUGCAAGAAACUUCCCUACAUGCACAUGGCUUCUUGACAUGAAGGGCGAGGACUUCGUCAAUGACGUACAGGAUUACUUAAAGAACAAGAAAACACGCGAGGAAGAGGAAAAGAAUUCCAAAGACACUUCAACUGCUUCUGCGCUUAAUCACCAGAACGCUCCUGCGUCAGUCCCAAACGAGACAGGUAAUCGGAUUAAAAGGAAACAAGCUUCUACAGAGUAA